AUGGAGACCACGAGGAAGGUGGGGGACCCUGAUCCAUCGUGCCCCCGGGGCUACCCCUCAGUUAGCAUCCAGCAGCUGAGGGGUGGCCUUGCAGAGUCUCAGGGACAAUGGAUAAGCUCAGGAUCCAAGUUCUUCAAGCAGGGGUUGCCAUUGUUCACCGAGGCUGUCACUGACGGGGCCUGUGGCUCAGCCGCCCAGGCCCAGGCUCCUCACUCCACUCAGCAGUCACUCCGGGACCUCGCUGAGGUUAGUUCCCAGGCUGGCUAUAAGCAGGACUACUUGGAUGCCCUGAGAGUCUUCUCCACUAGCCAGUUCACAAGCCCCAUCGGGGGCACCAUUACGCAUAGCAUCAUGGAGAGCGAGACCCUGACCUUCCCCGUGUACAAGUACAGUGAUCCUACCAGUAACAUGGCCCAGAAAAGAUCAUACCGCUCCCGGCUCCAGGAGCUUGUUGCAGGACAGAGCAAGAUUCCAGCUAAAGUCUUGUUAGGCUGUGGCAGAGGGUCAUUCAGCACUGCUCAGACACCUGCCCUGGGCAGCAGGAAGAGCCGGUGGCCAUCUGGUUUCCCUCCAGGGGAGGACUCAGCUGUAGACCAAGAGUCUCUUCCAGCUAAAGCCCGAGAUGAGGACCAAGCCAAGGGCCCAGACCUGGUUCAGCCUCCUUCAACUCAGGCAGAUACUCCAGCUCCAGAGAAAAUCCCGCCAGUGGCAGUUAAUCCUGAUACCUCUAAUAUUGACCACAAGACUAAUACCAUCACUCAGGCAUCAUGGUCCCAAGAUUGCCAGGACAAUUGUGACAGCCACUGGGAAUCUUCCAAAGCAGUCACAGCUGGCCAGAACAAUUCCUAUCCUAGGGAAGAGCCUCCUCCACCACCACCCGAUCAAGGAAAGCAAGCCCAGGAUUCACACUCAGACACUGCCCUGGACCCUGCCAAGGCCAACGGAAGCCAGGUGUUACCCACGCAGCCUGGGAAGCCAGUGGAGAAGAAUGCUGUGGAAGACCAGGUAUUGGUGUUUGACAUGGCCACGGGCAAUACCAGGAUGGGGCUGCUGUGCCAUGACCCUAUGGGCUCACGGGCAGUGCUGGUGGGCCUGGUCCCCAACUACCCAGCCAAUGAUGCUCAUGAAACUGUGCUGCCUGAGCAGACAAUGCCUGUGCCCACCUUCUCCCCUAAAACCAGUCACUCUAACUUUUGGUCCAACUCGCCCACAAAGAACCCCAUGUCCUCCAGCCUCACAACUGGCAGUUAUCCAGAGGUGGUCCUCAACAUAGAGGAAAAGGAGGCCCCUCAACCUGGAUCACCCCAGAGGGGUAGGAUGUUCAGGGGUCCUGUUUCAAUGGAGGUGCCCCUCCAGUUUGGAGAGAGGUUACAAGAUCCUGGCUGGUCUAAACCUGAUGCUGAUAGAAAUGAAGCCAAUCACGCCACCUGGAUGCUGGAUCCCUCCAGGACGCAGGGCCCCCCUGGGGUCCCCACCAAGUUGAUGAGCUCAGAGCGGCCCCCUGAGUCUGCUACAUCCACCCAAAUCGAGGACAGAAUCAGCUAUGCACAGAAGGAGGGUGUUCCUGCUCCACCUGACAAUCCCCAGGCGGAAGGGGCGGGGCAUGCCCCCGUUGAUGCUAACCCCCUACCUGUGGAACCGUACCCCCAAGCAGAGAAGUCUCUUCUGGCCACACAGUCCCCUCCAAGUCACCAGCUUCCUGCUGUGGAGCAGCCUCCCUUCAACAACCAGUCCCACUUUCUGUCUUUGGACUCUCUUCCUGGAGCCCCUCUAGACCAGCAGCAAAAGCUCACUGGGGAGCCUCCCUCACCCCAGGAGCCCUCUGCUCUCCAUGAGUCUACCCUUUCAAAAGCACCUUACACCACUGGGGAGAGUGUCCAGGCCCCUUCUCUGCACCAGGAAAGUGAGAUCAAGGAACCAUUCGACCAUGGGGGCGCCCUGAGGGUCACAUCAACCUCGGAGGAGGCCAGAGAAAAGGGGUCUCUCAAUGACAUUCAAAACUCCAAACCAGACAGGGUCCCCUGGAAACCUGGCAACUCUGCCGUGGUGCAGAAGGAAGCCCCCUCUCAGUUUACACUCCCCGCAUAUAGCCUUAGCUGCAAGGUUUUGCCCAUGACCACAGUGGGCACUAACUCCCAGAACUCCCGGUUCAAGCUGACAGCUGAGGAUGUCACACACUCCUCCACGGUGUCACACCUCGGCCUGCUCCGUGGGACCUGCUAUGAGGUGGUAUCACCCACAAGCGUGGUGCCAGUGCACACCCCAGUGCUCUGCCACCAGUCAGCGAGUCCCUACCAGGACAUGGCAGCUGUGGUGAUCGACACAGGCUCCGGCUUCACCAAAUGUGGACUGGCUGGAGAGGACCAUGUCCUCAGUGUGGUGUCCUCAUGCAUCCAGCUGCUGCAGCAGCCGGCCCAGGGCCAGCCCAGGUAUGUGGUGCCCGAAAACGGAAAGGGCUCCUACUCGGUGCUGAACCGAGGUGUGGUCUCCGACUGGGAUGCCCUGGAGGUUCUGUGGCAACACUUGUUCUACUGUCGACUGGGCAUGCGGCCCGAGGAGCUGGCUGUGCUUGUGGCUGACUCGCCCAUCUCCCCACGCACCAACCGAGAGAAGGUGGCUGAGAUCCUCUUUGAGCGCUUCCACGUGCCCGCCAUGCAGACUGUGCAUCAGGCCCUGCUGGCGCUCUAUGCUUAUGGGAGAACCACCGGACUGGUGCUGGGCAGUGGCCACGGAACCUCCUACGUGGCACCCAUCCUCACUGGAGACCUGGCCCCAAUGGAUACUUACCGGUUGGAUGUGGCUGGUUGUGACCUCACUGACUACCUGGCUCAGCUGUUGCUAGCAAGUGGCCAAUCACUGCCCGGGACAGAGCUGGUCAACCAGAUUAAAGAAGCCUGCUGCUAUGUAGCCAUGAAUAUGGCAGCUGAGUGGUCUCGCACCGAAGGCCAGGCCCAGGUAAACUUUGUGCUUCCAGAUAAGCAGGUCAUCAAGGUGGGCUCUGAGCGCUUCUCUUGCACAGAGGCCCUCUUUCAGCCCCAUCUGCUAGGGCUCAACCAGCCUGGACUCCCACAAUUAGCGCUCCUAAGCAUUAGCAGGCUGGAGGCCAAGCAACAGGAGCAGCUGCUGGCCAAUGUGGUGCUGGAAGGUGGCACCACGCUGGUGAGAGGCUUUCCUGAGCGUGUGCAGCGGGAGCUGAGCCCCCGUGCUACAGUGCUCGGCUCUCCUCACCGUGCUGUUGCUGCUUGGCUUGGAGGCUCCAUCAUGGCCUCCCGGGAGGCUUUCCAGAGCCUCUGGCUCAGCCGCCGUGAGUAUGAGGAGGAGGGCCCCUGGGCUAUCUACAAGUACCAAUUGUGA